AAAAUAGGGAUUUUGGCUGUGAGCAGCUUUUUCCUUUUACAACCUUAAAGAUGUGACGAUGUUUGGAGGUCGACUGGCAGCGGGGAGUUUGUGAGAGUGGAUCAGAGUCGUUUUGGGGAGUAAUAGUGAGCGCCUCAUACAGCUGUCUGGAGGAGAACUGCGGAGCCUGGAAACAUAUGAUCUGAGAAGGUGUGUUGUGUCCUCCUGUCUGCUGCUACCAGGAUGCAGUUCUCAGUCAACCUGAGCCUCUGCCUGCUGGGCUUCGUACUCGUCUGUCUUUUCCCUCAGCCAGCGCGGGGCCAAGUUUCAUCGCCGCGGAGAUUUCGUGCCAAAAUCCUGAGCCCCACCAAACUACACGUGUCUUGGAAAGAGCCAAAAGGAGAGUUUGAAAGCUACAAGGUCAUUUACACCACACGGCCAGGUGGAGAGCAGAAGGAGGUUCAGUUAUCGAAGCACGAAGCAAAGCUGCUCAUCCAGGACUUUGACCCCUCCAAAGAAUACAACUUUAAGAUAAUUGCAGUCAGUGGAGGAAAGCAGAGCAAACCUCUUCAGGCCAAACAUGAAGCUCAGCGACAAGGUGUUGAGGUGGUUCAGUCCCAGAGGGGACAAGACAGCGGUGUCACCGAUGAAAACAACGAGAUCUCAGAAGCAUCAGAAGGGUUUAUGUGUAAGACUCCGGCCAUAGCCGACAUUGUUAUUCUGGUGGAUGGCUCCUGGAGUAUCGGCCGCAUCAACUUCAGGCUGGUCAGGACUUUCCUGGAAAACCUGGUCAAGGCCUUCACUGUGGAGUUUGACAAGACUCGAAUUGGCCUGGCUCAGUACAGCGGAGACCCCAGAAUCGAGUGGCAUCUUAAUGCUCACACCACCAAAGGGGCUGUGAUCGAUGCUGUGAAGAACCUGCCAUAUAAAGGAGGAAACACACUAACAGGUCUGGCCCUGACCUUCAUCCUGGAGAACAGCUUCAAACCUGAGUCUGGAUCCAGGCCCGGCGUUCCUAAGAUAGGAAUCCUCAUCACUGACGGGAAGUCACAGGAUGAUGUGAUACCACCUGCACAGAGCCUGAGGGAAGCUGGGAUAGAACUCUUUGCUAUUGGUGUGAAAAACGCUGAUGAGAACGAACUUAAGGCCAUCGCCUCACCACCUGAGAAAACUCACGUCUACAAUGUGGCAGACUUCGGCGUGAUGAGCGACAUCGUGGAAGGCCUCACCAAGACCAUCUGCGACCGAGUGGAGCAGCUCGACAAGCAGCUCAAAGGCGGAGGAGAACCUGCUCCCCCGUCCACCUCCGUGGCUCCGCCCCGCGACCUGGUGACAUCUGAGAUCACGGCUCGCAGUUUCCGGGUGAGAUGGACCCACGCACCAGGCCAGGUGGAGAAAUACCGCGUGGUCUACUACCCAGCCAGCGGGGGACAGCCAGAAGAAAAGGUGGUCCAGGGAACAGAGAACAAUGUGGAGCUGAACUACCUGAACUCGCUGACGGAGUACCAGGUGGCUGUUUUCGCCAUCUACCGCAGCUCUGCCAGCGAGGCCCUGAGAGGAAGUGCUACCACCUUGGCCCUGCCCACGGUGAACGACCUGGAGCUGUUUGAUAUCACUCACAGCACCAUGAGGGUCCGCUGGAAGACCGCCGCCGGGGCUUCUGGGUACAUGAUUCUGUAUGCCCCGCUGACUGAGGGAGACCCUGCAGACGAGAAGGAGGUGAAGGUGGCAGACUCUGUGAACGAGGUGGAGCUGGAGGGAUUGACUCCGGCAACCGAGUACACGGUAACGGUGUACGCCAUGUACGGAGAGGAGGCCAGUGACCCCAUGACCAGCCAGCAGACCACAUUACCGCUGACCCCGGCGAGGAACCUGCGUUUCUCGGAUGUGGACCACAGCUCCGCCCGGCUCACAUGGGACUCCUCCUCCAGGAAGGUCAAAGGCUACCGCAUCAUGUACGUCAAGACCAACGGUGUCCAGACCACUGAGGUGGAUGUUGGCCGUGUGACAACCUGGUUGCUGAGAAACCUCACCUCCCUGACGGAGUACACAGUCGGUGUCUUUGCCGUCUAUGAUGAGGGACAAGCUGAGGCCGUGACUGACAGCUUCACCACAAAGACCGUCCCAGACCCGCUGGAUAUCAAGAGCAGUGACAUCUCCACAAACAGCUUCAGGGUGUCGUGGCAACACCCGGCCUCUGAUGUGGUGCUGUACCGACUCACCUGGACAUCCACUGACGGAGGAGACAGUGAAGAGGUUCUGGUGAACGGAAACAUUAACACCUACCUGAUAAAAGGACUCAGCCCCUCCAUGGAGUACGAAGUCCUCCUUGCUGCAAUCUACAGUAACGAGGUCGAGAGUGACGAGAUGGUCCUCGUGGAGUCAACCGCUGAAAAAGCAACCACCGCCGCUACGACCACCACCACCACCACCACCGCAGCAGCUCCUCGUUUGGGGGUGAAGAACAUGAGGAUAGACGAGGAAACGACCUUCAGUAUGCGGGUGGCCUGGCAGCCUGUCGACUCAAGGAACGUCCGACAUUAUCAACUGAGCUACAUCAGCGCCAAGGGAGACCGAGCAGAGGAGACGAGGACGGUGCCCACAGGUCAGAACAGCCUGAUUCUGCAGCCUCUGCUUUCAGAUACGGAGUACAAAGUUACCAUCACUCCUGUGUACCCUGAUGGAGACGGGCCGAUGGUGUCACGAAUGGGACGAACACUUCCUCUUUCAGCUCCUAAGAACCUGCGGGUAUCAGAGGAAUGGUACAACCGCUUCAGGAUCAGCUGGGACGUUCCACCUUCACCCACCAUGGGCUACAGGGUCGUCUACCAGCCUGUGUCUGCCCCUGGACCAGCUCUGGAGACCUUCGUGGGAGAGGACGUGAACACCAUGCUGAUCCUCAACCUGCUGAGCGGGACAGAGUACAGUAUCAAGGUGAUCGCCUCCUACACCACUGGAUCCAGCGACGCCCUUUCAGGGAGGGCCAAGACCUUGUACCUGGGGGUGACCAACCUGAGCGUGUAUCAGGUGAGGAUGGCCAGUUUGUGCGCCCAGUGGCAGCCUCAUCGACACGCCAGCAGCUACAGAGUGAUCAUCGAGUCGCUGCUCAACGGUCAGAAGCAGGAGACGAAGCUGGGAGGAGGAUCCAACAGACACUGUUUCAACAACCUGAAGCCCAACACGCAGUAUAAGAUAAGUGUGUACGCUCAGAUGCUGGAUGGGACUGAAGGGCCUGCAGUCACUGCUACUGAGAAGACACUACCCGUCCCGACUCCAGCACCAACCAAGCCCCCCACCACCACGCCGCUACCCACAAUCCCCGCUGCCAAGGAAGUCUGUAAGGCUGCCAAAGCGGACCUCGUCUUCCUGGUUGACGGCUCCUGGAGUAUCGGAGAUGACAACUUCCUGAAGAUCAUCCGCUUCCUGUACAGCACCACCGGAGCUCUGGACCGGAUCGGACCGGAUGGCACACAGGUGGCCAUCGCCCAGUUCAGUGACGACGCCCGGACAGAGUUCAAACUGAACUCGUACAGCGACAAAGAGCGGCUGCUGGACGCCAUCAACAAGAUCUCCUACAAGGGAGGAAACACCAAGACAGGUCGAGCCAUCCAGCAUGUGAAGGAAAACAUCUUCACUGCAGAGGGAGGAGUCAGGAGGGGAAUCCCCAAUGUCCUCGUGGUCCUCACCGACGGCCGAUCUCAGGAUGACGUCAACAAAGUUUCCAAGGAGAUGCAGAUGGAAGGGUACAUUGUGUUUGCUAUCGGCUUCGCUGACGCUGACUACGGUGAGCUGGUGAGCAUCGCCAGUAAACCCAGCGACAGACACGUCUUCUUCGUGGACGACCUGGACGCCUUUAAGAAGAUCGAAGAGAAGUUGGUGACCUUCGUGUGUGAGGCUGCAACUGCCACUUGUCCGUCUGUACCGAUGAGCGGCAGCACAACACCAGGUUUCCGUAUGAUGGAGCUGUUUGGGCUGGUGGAGAAUCGCUACAGCAGCGUCUCUGGCGUUUCAAUGGUACCUGGCACCUUCAAUACCUUCCCCAGUUUCCACCUGCACAGCGAUGCUUUUCUGGCACAGCCAACCAGGUACAUCCAUCCCGAAGGGCUGCCCUCUGACUACACCAUCACCCUGCUGUUCAGACUGCUGCCAGACACUCCAGAGGAGCCCUUCGCCCUCUGGGAGAUCCUCAACAAGAACAACGAGCCGCUGGUGGGAGUCAUCCUCGACAACGGCGGAAAGACUCUGACGUUCUUCAACAACGACUACAAAGGAGAGUUCCAGACGGUCACCUUCGAAGGGCCAGAAAUCAAAAAACUCUUCUACGGCAGUUUCCAUAAGCUUCACAUUGCAGUCAGCAAGACGAGCGCCAAAGUGGUGAUCGACUGCAAGAUGGUGGGCGAGAAAGCCAUCAACGCAGCGGGAAACAUCACCGUAGACGGACUGGAAGUUCUGGGCAGGAUGGUCCGCUCCAGAGGGAACAAGGACAACUCUGCACCGUUCCAGCUGCAGAUCUUUGACAUUGUCUGCAGCACUUCGUGGGCCAACAGAGACAAGUGCUGCGAACUUCCUGGUCUGAGGAAGGAGGUUGACUGCCCGGCCAUGCCCAAAGCCUGCACCUGCACCCAGGACAGCAAAGGCCCCCCCGGCCCUGCUGGACCACCAGGAGGCACAGGAAUCAGAGGAGCCAGAGGUGAUCGUGGGGAGCCGGGCCCGGUGGGGCCGACUGGUCCAGUAGGUGAGACAGGUGUACCAGGACCUCAAGGACCCCAAGGACCACAGGGACCCAGCGGACGGUCCAUCAUAGGGCCCCCAGGUGCUCCGGGUGAGAGAGGACAGAAAGGGGAACAAGGACAACAAGGAGUGCAGGGAAUUCCUGGCAGAGCUGGAGCUCCGGGCAGAGAAGGACCUCCAGGACCCAGAGGACUUACAGGCAAAGAUGGCCCCCCGGGAAGACAGGGCCCCCCGGGAACUAUCGGGACUCCAGGAGCUCCAGGGGCCCAAGGUAACACAGGCCCUCAAGGAAAACAGGGAGAACUGGGACCACCGGGUUCUCCAGGAAGCAAGGGGGAGAAAGGCGAAAGGGGUGACCUGCAGUCGACAGCAUCAGUUCAGGACAUCGCCAGGCAGGUCUGUGAGCAGCUGAUUCAGAGCCACAUGGCACGCUACAACUCCAUCCUGAACCACGUACCCAGUCCACCGGUGUCCAUCCGCACUGUGCCAGGACCCCCAGGAGAGCCUGGUAGACCGGGACCUGCAGGAGCCCAGGGAGAACAGGGACCCCCCGGAAGACCCGGCUUCCCGGGACAGAACGGACAGAACGGGCAACCAGGAGAAAGAGGUCAGCCAGGAGAAAAGGGGGAGAAAGGAUCUCAAGGUGUUGGAGUCCAAGGCCCCAGAGGACCUCCAGGACCCCCCGGUCCCCAAGGGCAGGGCAGACCUGGCAGCCAGGGUCCCUCAGGGCGACCUGGAAACCCUGGAAACCCCGGUCGACCCGGGGUCCCUGGACCUGUUGGCUCUGCUGGGCCUCCCGGCUACUGCGACCAGAACUCCUGUAUGGGCUACAAUGUUGGAGAGGGUGGUGAGGAGGAUGUCACUGACGGCGGCGCUGUCCCCCCAGUCCAACUGCCGCCCAACGUCUACCAAAACUACGGCGAGGCUGAGGAGGACGAUCCCUACCGCUACUACCAGCCCAACUACCCGGCCCCGCAGCCUGUGGCGCCUGACGACCCCGCGCUCGCCCUGGACGACAUCGAACUAAGGUCCCCCGGCGUCUACCGCAGCGCCAGGAGCCUGGAAGGAGAGAAGGAGAGUGUCGGGCCGAAGAGGAGGCUAAAGAGGGGAGCGAAGACGCUGUCUGGACUAAUUAAAUGAGAGGAUUUGAUUGGAGGAUGGAGGGCCGCUCGCUGUUUGUGAUUGGGCGGUUUGGAGCUGUUACGGACUAAUCAACAAGUGCCUGAUGUAGAGGAUUUCAUAUGGACAUUGUAGAGGGGACGGGGUGGGACUAUUUUAACUCAUCUAUGCUGUUGAAUUAAGAAAACAGGUUUAAGUUGUUUUAGUUUUGUCUCCGUAGAGACGACAGUUUUAAAUUGACUGAGCUUAACUGAGGUUUAUAUGUAUGUUUGCUUUUUGUCCCACGUCUCUGUUUCUGUGAUCAGAUAUAAGUUUCUCAACUAUUUUGCCACCAAAUUGAUUGAAGAAAAGUAAUCGGUCCUGUUUUCAGCCGUUUGCUUUUUUACCUGCUCGGUUAAGUGCCUCCGAAUUGUCUCGCUAGAAUAUUCUGGCAGAAAUUUCCAAAUGCAGAAAUGCAAACACUGCAACAAAGCAUUUACACACAGCAGAGACACUUGCAGGUGACAGCAGACUAACAAGCAACAGAUGGUUUAAAUGUACAUCACGACACAUAAAGACGGUUAAAAGUUUUGAUUCCCGAUUUGUUCUGCGUCGACUCGUUGUUGCAGCGGCUGCAGACCAGAAACACCUGUCAGAUUGACAGGUGUGAACAGCACGAGCAAAGGUUCCCGAGUGUUCAGAUGAGACUUUAAUUGUGCAAAAGCAUACGUUUGCAAAAAUAUUAGGCUUUUAGGCUUCAUCUGCCAAUUUUUAGUUGUUUACCAAAACGUAACACUUGUCAAGCAGUAAACACCAAUUUUUUUAUUUUUCAUGCACCAUAAAACUUAAAUCGCUGAACUCACCCUGCCUGUGUUUGGGACAAGCCUUUAAUUCCUUUCACUCAACACUCUUCUUCAGCAAAGAUGGGCUACUAUCAAAUUGUUCUUAUUGCAACCAGUAUGAAUAUUACUUUUAUUUAAUCUCUCUUGUUUACGUUAACGAUACGGAGAAUCUAACCGAUCUAUGUGUUGCAUGUCCAUAUUGACAAAAGUUUAAAUAUCUAUAUUUGUUUGCUCCAUCUAAGCAGCUUAGCUCAAGCAGGUGACCCGAUGGGCUUCAAGAGGUUUUAUACAUCCAGAGAACCUCUAUAAAAACCCAACCAGGCAGCCAAUUGAUUUUCUGUGAUUGCGCCGGGUCUACAGUAACCUGCAUCCUAAUUGUGAUUUUAACGUGUUUUUAUUUCCUCCAUUUCCUCCAACCAAGUAGCUUCCAGCUUCAUGACUAACAAAAACAUGUUUAUGUAAAGUUCUGCAUGUCUUUUGUUUUCCAUUUACCAUGUGAUGUAUAAUUUGUUUUAAUCUCAUAGAGCCAUAGAGACAUUUUACUGCAACAUAUAAAGAUUGUUUGUUUUCGGUGAAUUGUAACAGUGUUGAUCCCAAACUGAUGUUGCUUUGUAUUUGAGAAGGUUGAUGAAAAGAUAUAAGUUUAAGUAUAUGUUUUUUUUAAGACUGACAGCCGUUUCCCACUCUGUGUUUUUCUUAUUUGUUUGGUUUUGUCUUUGGAUCGAUCUGCCUCCAUUUGUAACAUUCAUCAUUUAUCUAAUUUAAGUUAAACUGGAUUCUCUGUGUUCCACAACCAAAACUCUUUGGCUCUUUCAUUCUUCAGAUUUUACGCAGAAGUUAGAGACCGGUUAGAUUACAGAAGCAGCUCAGUCCAUUUGAAGAUGAAAUAAGUUUGGAUUUAUUCAUGCGCUUGAUGUCUUACUUUUUUUGUUAUUGCUGGAGAUCAAUUAUCCAAAGGGACGUCCAGUUAUUUGGAAAAAGAUGUGCCUCAUUUAUUCACCGGUGUACGAUUCAAGCACACUUUAAACGCCUCCAACCAUCUUGUAAACCUUUUCAGUUAAGUGUUUCUGAGGCCUCUAGAGUACAAAAAACGGCCACAGUGUUUGAUUUCCCUCUACACCUCUGAGCAGGAUAGAAAAUAAAAUCAAGGAAGUAAUUUAUUUUAUACUUGGUAUUGAUUUUCUCAGAACAAUAAAACUGAAGUACAACCGUU